GAAACGAAGGCCGAAAGCUGGAGAUGGGUUCUUGAAAAUUUUCUUGCACAGGGUGGGAACAAGAUUAAAGAAAAGGAAAAAAAAAUGAAAAGAUAGAUGGAAAAGAAAUUGCAAGAACCAGAAAAGCAAUCCCAAACCGGCUAUAUCAAUCUCAAGAAUCUUCCUCCUCUAGAUCCGCGCACCACCUCCUACUCCCAGCAGGUUAGGAAAAUCAAAACAGUUGCCAGGUAUGUUCCUAAAGCUGUUAAGCCAAGCCCCAAAGAAGAGGGAACCAAGGCAGGGAAAUUGUUUGAUCAUGAGGCAAACACAGAAGCAGAUUUGUUAGCUGAUAGAAAUCUAGUAUAUAAUAAGAAUAAUCCCAGAGAUGAUGAAGAUGAUGCUUGUAAUUGCUGUAUCAAGCACAUGAUAGACUCUAAUAACACCAUCUCCAAGACCCAAACGCAAAGCAAGGUGGUUUCUGAGACCAGCAUGGAUGAUAAAGCCUUCCAUAAUAACUCAGGCAAACAAAAAAAUGCAUCAGCUAAAUCACAAUUGCAUGAGAUUUGUGCAGCCAACAAUUGGAAACCCCCUUUAUUUGAAUGUUGCAAAGAGGAAGGACCUUCCCACCUGAGAUUGUUCACUUUUAAGGUUUCAAUGGAGAUUGAAGGGGCAGCACCAUCAGCAUCUAUCUUGCAGUGUUUUGGUGCCCCUAGGCCCAAAAAGAAGGCUGCAGCAGAGCAUGCAGCUGAAGGAGCUUUAUGGUACUUGAAGCAUCUUGGUUAUUUUCCAAUAAAAAAAAAUGUUAAUAAAUAAAUAAAUAAUUCAUAAUCUUAAUUUUAAUAAUCCCAUUUUAACUAAUGUCUUAACCUAAUAAAUCAUUGUAAUCUUCCUCCUUUUUAAUAAUAAUAAUAAUAAAUAAACAAAAAAUAAUUUUCACCUUCUUUUUA